AUGGUAGGUGCUCAAUUUGGAGCAGAUGGUACAAUGUCGGAUAGUGGUUGGGUGAAUGGUGAAAUUUUUGAAGGUAAUGUCAAGACAAAUCUUGCGAAGCACUGUUACCUUGAUUCUGUCUCUUCAGAUAGACCAGCCACAUUGAUCCUGUAUGAUGGGCACAAAAGUUACUUAUCGUUGACUUUGAACGAGUGGGCUAGAGGGAGGAAUGUAAUCUUUUUUGUACUUACCCCACAUACCAGUCAUCUCACACAACAACUGGAUGUUGGUGAUAAUGGCCCAUUCAAAUCCUUCUACUACACUGAGUGUCAGCAGUAUUUGCAGAACAACCAGGGUGUAUUCAUCCCUAAAUAUGAAAUUGAUUCACUAACUUCAAAGACGUAUAUGAAAGCUUUCUCUCCAUCAAAUAUCCCAUCAGCUUUCAAAAAAUCAGGAAUAUAUCUUUUUGAUGAGUCUCAAAUUGCUAACAGUGAUACCUCACCUUCAUCAAUUUAUUCACGAAACGAUUCUAGUGAAAAUCAUGAACAGUGCCAGGGACUGGAUUAA